AUGUCAUCGGAACAUAAAGUAUCAAGAAACAAACCUUCCUUAUCUUGUACAAACUGUCGAAAACGUAAAACCAAAUGUGAUAGAAAGCAGCCAUGUUCCGCUUGCGUGAAGAAAAUCAAUUUAUCUUACACCUGUGCCUAUGAUACCCCUCCAAAGCAAUUCCCAAAUACUUCUGACAACUUUCAAAGAGAAUAUCCAGCACGCAAGCGACACAAACCUGAAAUUAGUAUUGAUGCUAAAAAUUCGGCUCAACAAGAAUUGGCCAGGUUGCGGAAGCGAAUUAUUGAGUUGGAGACUUCAUUGCAGCAUGCACAUACACCCAAAACACCACCGGAAAACAAAAACUAUCCUAGAAAACAGCCCAUAUUAUCACCAACAAGCUCUACUUGUCCCAACCCUAUUGUUAAUGACGAAGAAAUUAUUAAUUUUUACGAAGGUUAUACCCCAAUUCAAGUUAAACGUAAUAUUAGAAGAGUCAAUUAUGGGCCAUUAUCGUGGAUUGCCUUGAUGAGAAAGGAUCCAGCAUUAAAUUUGGCAUGGAAAGUUUUGUGUAGCAAAGAUUCCUAUUGUAUAAUCACCAAUCGAUGGCCCCGCUUAAGUUCAGAAAACAAUGCCUUAAUCAAUAUCUCCCACAAUCCCGAGGAUGAGAAAAAUUCCAACUACAUGGACAAAAUAUUUCAGAAAAGAGUGUUAGAAUUUGAAGGAUACGAUGAAUUUGUUCCUUAUAGGUCUCUUUACGGCCGUAAGGAGUCGGAUACGGCAACAGCAGAACAACCUGCAUCAUCCGAGAAAUCAGCAUCGAAAACUUCCUCCGCAACAAAAACUGCCAAUUCUGGACCACGAUUAGAUUUCACUCAAAUCAGUCUCGCCAAAUCAAUAUUUGACGGUCGUAUUAAUCCUGAAUUACACCUAAUUGAGAAAAUUAAACAAAUUGUACCCAAGAGAAAAGUAUUUUGGACUUUGAUGGAUCGAUUUUUCACAGAUAUCUAUCCAUAUUUCCCGUUUGUGGAUGAAGAUUCGUUCAAAAAAGAGCUCCUGAGAAUAUUUGGAGCAAGAAGUUACACAGAUUUACCAUUUGAAAGUAUCAAAGUUGAAAAAAAAUUGGAUUUGGCCAAUAUAGCUAUAUGUUUUAUUUUGCUACGGUUGACAUAUUUGUCAUUUUUCAAUAAUCGUAAUUGUGUUAAUGAAUACAUUAUGAAUUCAGCAGAAGAAACAGUAGCAAAAUACAUUAUGCAAAACCCUAUCAAUUUAUCUACUAUUGAAGUGGCAAAUUCAUGUAUUCAGUGUUUCCAAUUUACGAGAAAAUCUAACGUGACUGUUUUCCAGGCAAUGUUAUACAUGCGAAUCUAUAGAAACUGUGCACCAGAAGAAAGCGAUGGUAUUGAUGGAGGUGACUCCCAAGUUGCUACUGCAUUGCUAGUGCAGAUGGCCUACUCAUUGGGACUAAAUCGUGAACCAGAUAAAUUUGAUGUGUGUAACGACGAAAAAGUAAACCAUUUAAGUCGGAAAAUCUGGAGUUUCCUUAUGAGAUCAGAUUUAACUCAAUGUUACACUUUGGGCAACCCAACAAGCAUAGACCCAAGAAACUAUGAUAUUCGGCCCCCAUUUGUAAAUGACACUAACUCAAAUAUCCAAGAUAGAGAAAUGGAGAUUGCCAUUGUGGAAACAUUCGUCUACUUAAAUUCAGAGUUGGAUCUAAUGCGGAAAAUGCUUGAUCACGUGCUCGAUAUUAACAACGGUGCCAAGAUUAAUGAUUUGACUAGAGAUGUACAUGACUUUGAAGUAAUCUUGCACGAUUUCUUCAAUGUUUUAGGGAACGUUAAUGCUGGUAAGGUGAAAACGGACAGAGAGAGUGUUAUUCAAUAUUAUCAUGUUAUUAAAUUGAAAAUCUUUUUGUCAAUGAAAACAGCGUUGGUUUCGCUUUAUUUCCACAUUUAUUUGCAUUACGAAAAGAGAUUUGAUAGUGAAUUAUCAUUUUUUUAUUUGUCAAAAAUGUACUUAAUAAUAAGAGAUGACUUGAUCCCUGCUAUUGGUCACACUUUGAUAGGUAAAUACAGCUCGAACGCUUUGGUUUUGAAUCCUAACAUGCAAUUAGCUUUACACAAAAUCAACCAAAUCAACCUAUCGUGUUUAAUCCGUGUUACUUAUUUGGUGCACAUGUUUGAACAAAAGCCAAACCAUGAAGAACAGAUGGAAAAUGAUGCCGUAUAUCAGGAGCAUUUCAAUAAACUCAAGAGCUUGAUGACAAAUGUUAGACGUACUGGCGACUUUGUAAGAAUCAUUAUGGAACGAAUUGGUUCUAAAUAUUACUACUCAUGGCGUAUAGCAAAAGCUCACGUUGGACUAUUCAAAAUGUUAUCAAAACCUGAAAAUUAUGAUAAACAAUUAUCUGGGAUAAGAAAGUUGAAAUCUUUCCAAUUCACGCCAAAGCAAUUGGAUGAACUAGACAAUCUGAUUCGUAUUUUGGGGAAAUGUGCAGAGAAGUUGGUAUUUUAUGAGGAUAGUGUUGGUAUGCUGCCUGAUUUCGAAAUGCCAUUCAAACUGUCUGAAAAAGGGAAUGAAGAUCAAGGUCAAAGUGAAAGCAAAACCACCACAAAUACAUCCGACUCAGCACCAAUAUCAGUGACACCAGAUAACAAUACAUCAGCAAUAGUGACACCUUAUUCGUCACUUGCAUCACCUCGACUCCAAUUGGAGAAUAUUAGCAAUGAUUAUGUUGAUCAAAUGUGGUUUCUGAUGAUGGCAAUGAAAUAUGAUACUCUAGAGCCUAUAGGAAAUAACCAAGAUUGCCAGAACUGCAAUACUGAUGACCCUAAUGCUUGUCCCGUGUCGUAUUACAAUCGCGACAAUGGAGUUUUAGGUGGUACUGGUGGUCAUUUGCUUACACAACAAAAACAAAUGACUGCACAGGAACAAUUGGCACAGCAAGAGAUAACACGUCAAAUGCAGUUUGGUAACGAGAACGGAUACAACAAUGGAUUCUUUCUCAAUUCUGGAUUUGAUUUAAUGGAUGAUGGAUAUUUUUAUGGAUAG